AAAAGAGACAAGCGUGAAACCCACUCUGUUAAAAAUCAAUUCUCUCCUUUUCCUUUCUUCCUCUGCUUUCAACCUCUUCUCUCUUAGCCUCCAGUCCACCACCACUUUCUAUCUGCACCAUCCCCACACUGAAACAUACACAGAGAAAGAGAAAGAACAAUGAGCUUUUCUUUUGUAUAAUGAGUAGUGGACCAAGACCCUCUUCUUCCCUCAGAAGAAGAUGGCUAUCCAACACCAUGAUGAACAACAAAGCUCUUCUUUCUUGCUAGACUCUGCUCUCUACUGUGAAGAAGAGAGGUGGGAAGAGGAAGGAGCAGAAGAGCUCUGUCAAAAUGAGAGUUUACAUGUAAUCUGCGACAAGAAUGGAACAAGAAAGAACCCUUCUUCUUUCCCACUUUCAUCAUUGCUUGAACAAGAUUUGUUCUGGGAAGAUGGGGAGCUUCUCUCGCUCUUCUCCAAAGAAGAAGAGCAACAAUCCCAGGUCAAUGUCUCCAAUGUCGAAACAGAUUCUUGUCUCUCUAUUGCUCGCCAAAAGGCUGUGGAGUGGAUGCUUAAGGUCAAUGCCCAUUACGGGUUUUCAACCCUUACUGCAAUAUUGGCUGUCAACUAUCUUGACAGAUUCCUCUCCAGCUCUUAUUAUCAAAGAGACAAGCCAUGGAUGAUCCAACUUGUGGCGGUGACUUGUCUUUCUUUGGCUGCAAAAGUAGAAGAGACCCAAGUGCCUCUUCUCUUAGACCUCCAAGUGGAAGACACAAAGUAUGUGUUUGAGGCCAAAACCAUUCAAAGAAUGGAGCUUUUGGUGCUUUCUACGCUUAAAUGGAAGAUGCACCCAGUGACUCCACUUUCAUUUCUUGAUCACAUCAUUAGGAGGCUUGGAUUAAAGACCCACCUUCAUUGGCAGUUCCUUGGGAGAUGUGAGCGUCUACUACUUACUGUAGUUUCAGAUUCAAGAUCCGCUAGCUAUCUUCCUUCUGCAUUGGCUACUGCUACAAUGAUGCACGUUAUCGGCCAAGUUGAGCCCCUAAAUCCGAUGGUCUAUCAGAAUCAGCUUCUGGAUGUUCUUAAAAUCUGCAAGGAAAAGGUGAUUGAUUGUUAUGAAUUUAUUCAUAAGCUAUCAAAGACCAAAACCAUUGCUUCUGUUGUCUACAAGUCUCACAAGCGAAAGUAUGAACCAAUCCCUCGCAGUCCAAGUGGUGUGAUAGAUGCUACUGUUUUUAGCUGUGACAGCUCAAACGAUUCUUGGGCUCUGGGGUCUUCGGUCUCUUCAUCGCCAGAGCGACUUUUUAAGAAAAGCAGAGCCCAAGACCAAUGGGUUUUUGUGGACAUCGUUGGCAGCCCUCGUUAAUCUGAAAAAAACAAGAAAGAAGAAAAAUCUAUUUUAUUAUGUUUAUUUAUGUCUCUCUUUAAUUAAAUUCUCUCUCUUUCGAAUCCUGCCAUGGAGAUGGGUGUCAUUUUUGAGAGAAGAGGAAGGAUGAGAUGAUGGCUGAUCUGGUGGUGCAUCAAUCUCCCUCUUAUUUUAUGUCUUUGGAACUGUACAAGUCUCUUUUAAGAGAAUACUUUUAUAUGGACAUAUUAGUAUCAUAUUCAUAAAAUAAAUUAAAACCAUUUUUGUUCAUUUGUAAA